UAUAAGGUGUGACUGAGUGGCGGCGGAGUGAACUUGUGAGGAAGAGGAGGGCGAGAGAGGGAGCUGUGCUCUCUUUCCCUCGCCGUACACUACACAACACUUCACCACUCCACCAUCGCCUUUUGGACAUAAGACUCUUUUUUUUUUUGUGCACCAGCAGGAGGACGCUGUCUGGGUUUCCCAUUCCUGUGGACUAGUAGCCGUCAUGGACUCCUGGAUAAAGUUCAUCUUGUUCUCCGGCUUGUGGUUCGCACCGGGAGCGGAGUUUGACGGCAGGUCGGUGAGGCAGAUGGCAUCGUCCAACGGGCUGUGUCGAUACGGCAACAGGGUGGACUGCUGCUGGGGAUGGACACGCCAGUCUUGGGGACACUGCCAGCCUUCCGUCUCCUUAAUUCGCAGGCUAGUCGGGAUAAGGUGCCCCAAGCCCCAAGCGCUGUGCCAGCCAGGCUGUAAACACGGAGACUGCGUGGGACCCAACAAGUGCAAAUGUCACGCCGGUUUCACAGGGAAGACCUGUAAUCAAGACCUGAACGAAUGCGGACUCAAGCCACGGCCCUGUAAACACAGAUGCAUGAACACCCAGGGCAGCUACAAGUGCUACUGCCUCAACGGAUACAUGCUGAUGCCUGACGGGACCUGUGGAAACCUUCGCACUUGCGGCAUGGCCAACUGCCAGUAUGGCUGCGAGGUGCUGAAAGGAGAGGUCCGAUGUCAGUGUCCAUCACCGGGGCUACAGCUGGCUCCGGAUGGCAGAACCUGCGUGGAUGUCGACGAGUGUGCCACCGGACUGGCAGUCUGCCCGAGGUGCAGGAAGUGCAUCAACACUUUUGGUAGCUAUAUCUGCAAGUGCCAUGAUGGCUUUGACCUGCAGUACGUCAACGGGAAACACCAGUGCAUCGAUGUGAAUGAGUGCGCUUUGCGCCCGAGUCGCUGCAGCAGCUUCGCCACCUGCUACAACACGCGGGGCUCAUACAAGUGCAAGUGCAAAGACGGUUACAGGGGGACGGGACGCGACUGCAAACCCAUUCCCAAAGUGGUCAUCGAGCCUCCCAGACCGCACAAGCUUCCCCCCAGCCAUCACAACCACAUCCCCGACAUUGACCAGAGAAGGACCACCACCACACUCCGCCCAGUGGUAACCCAAAGGCCAGCCUUGCCUGUUGCCCCUAAAACGACCACCGCCACCACCACACUCCACCCAGUGGUGACCCAAAGGCCAGCCUUGCCCGUCACUUCUAAAACGACGACCACCACCACCAUACUCCAUCCAGUGGUGACCCAAAAGCCAGCCUUGCCUGUCGCCCCAAAAGUGACGACCAUCACCACAUCAACAACAACAAAGACGACCACCACUACCAAAGCAACGCCAACUCCCAGGAGGCCGCCUGCACCCACACGCAUUCCAGAACGUGGGGACAACAGCAUCAACUGGAUCACCAACAAGCAUCAUCGAGGAGACGUGUACAUCCCACGUGUCCGCCCAGAGGACAUGCUGCAGGAGUAUGAGGUCUUGCUUGGCGAUGAGGAUGAUGAACUCAACGAUGACGCCGAGUCAGGCUUCCUGAGCUGCACCUUUGACAAUGGCCUGUGUGGCUGGAUCAGCGAUGAAGGCGGAGACGUGCACUGGGAGACGACGCCUGACCCGGCAGGCGGUCUCUACCUCACCAUACCAGAAGUGGGCAACAAAAGGACGGGACGGGGGGCGAGGCUGGUCAUCCCGUUGGCCCCUCCCUGGAACGAGGGCAACCUUUGCCUGUCGUUCCGCCACAAGUUGGCGGGCCACCAUGUCGGCAUGUUGCAAGUGUUCAUCAAGAAGGGGACACAGUACAAUCCAUCCGUGUGGGAGAGUACGGGUGGAAACCGCUGGAGGCACACCCAGAUAACACUCUGGGGGAAGGGCCUGCAGAGCGUGGUGCUGAAGGGCGAGCGUGGGCGGGGCAGAAGCGGCGAGAUGGCGGUCGACGACAUCUCUGUGAGCAAAGGCUCCUGCACGGACGAGUUUCUGACCCCAGAGAGGAAAAGAAAAUCAUCUCAAUGAGACAAUGUGACUUUUGUUUUCACCUCGCUGACGCCCCCGUGCUGCCGACCCAGUGAACAGCUCGUGUGCUCGUCUCAAGGCAAAGACUGAACUCAGCAUCAGCAUCGUCCUAUGGGGACGCCUGCAUCCAUGUGGUUACCAUGGAAAUGUUCUGCACCUACAACCCUCCCCGCUAGGGUUAUAUCAGUGAUGGCCUCUGGGGGUUUUAUUCACUUCCUGCUCUGAUCAGCUAAACCUGACAAGGUCCCAGCAAGGAGAACAAAGGCAUGGUCAACAUGUCAUUUCAACACAAAAAGCCAGCAUAGGAAAAUUAAGUUGACAUUAACAGAUGGAAUGUAUCCAAAUUUACAAGAAAAGGUAGAAGGACAACAUUGUAAGACAAAAAAGAUGGAUAUUUUGUGAAUAAAGUUGUAUAUUGAUGAUAAAUCCUAAAAAAAUGUAAAAAAGAUGGUGCAAAAUUAAUUACAAGUCAAUUAAUAUUUCCAAUAAAUCACAUCAUCAUGAGAACAAGGUUUAAAUUUUAAGACAAAAAAAGUUGGACUGUAGCUGGAACACAGUCGUAUAUUUAUGAUGAAGAGUCACAGACAAAUGUUUUUCAAGAAAAAAGAUAUUGACAAAUUUUACUAGGAAAAAAGUCAGCAUAUAGCUGUAAUUUAAAUUGCAAUAGAUAAAAUCAGAAGAAGUGGUAAUAUUACAAGUAACAUUUUUUAUGACAUUUUAUGACAAAAAAAAAGUUUACUGCGGGAAUAACAUUUACCAUAGAACGUAACAUUAAGACAACAAUUGAACUUAUAAGACAAAACUGUUGGGCGGUAGUUGUAUAUUUACGAUAAAACGUAACAUUAUGAGAUUAAGACUGAAAUAUGAAGACGAGAAAGUUGUUCUAUAGCAGGAAUAAAGUUGUAUAUUUACGAUAAAAAGUAACAUGAGAAUAAGCAUGAAAUUUUAAGGCAAAAAUGUAAAGAGGUAGCUGGAAAAGUCAUAUAUUUACGACAAAACGUAGCAUCAUGACAAUAAGGUUGAACUCUUAUAUGAUUCAAGCAAAUUCACCAGACCAAAUUUAGGUACAACAUUUUACGAAAAAAAUUGAAAUAAGUAAGAUUUGAUUUUCUUUAUGUGAAAGUAAUAUUACGAGAAUCAAGUUAGAGAGUAGCAAUCAUUUUUCAGAUGUAAUCAUCGUUUGAUGAGACAAGGUAAUGUUACGACAAUAAUGUGGAUUAUUUACGAGAAUGAAGUUGUCAUUGAAAAAAAAUUGGGGUGGGAGCUGCUAAAGUCGUAUGUUUAUGAUAAAAAGCAACAUGAGAACAAAGUUUGAAUUUUCCAAAAAAAAGUAGCGAUCUUGCUGGAAGGAAGUUGUGUGUGUUUUUAAGAAAUUAAUAUUGCGCGACUAAAGCUAGAAUUUUACGAGAGUAGAGAUAAUUGCUGGAAUGUAAUCAGUUUUACGUGACUGUCAUAUUACGACGAUAUUUAAUAAGUUGAAUAUUUCCAAGCAUAAAGUUGUAAUGUCUCGCAGAAAAACAUUCAGUACAGUAUGUUGAUUAAAGAUCUAAUUCCAUUAAAAGGUUGUGCUUUUACAAUAAAAAGUAAUAAAGUUGAAAUUCCACAAGAAGAAAAGUAGCAAUAUUGAUUAAAUUAACAUUUUUACAAGAAAAAUUUAUUGCCAGAGCAAAGACGAUAAAGAUUUAUUCUUGCAUUAUAAUUUGAUUACUUUUGUAAAAUUGCAAUUUUCUUUUGGUGAUCUCACCAAUGUUCAGCAAUGUUCUGAUACUUUUUAAUCAAUUUAUUAUUAAUUCACAAUUAAAUUAAAUUAAAAUGUCAACGUACUUUUCAUGGCAUGACUUGUUCUCGCACAAACAUGAUGUCAUUGCGUCUUUAUCACUAUUUGAUCUUGGUAAAAUGUUGGUACUUCUCGUAAAAAUGCGUCAAUCCAAAAACAUAUCACGUUUUUUCUUGUAAAAUUAUGACUUUAUACUUUAAAAAAUUCAAAAAAAGCUACUUUUUUCCCUCAUAAAUCCAACCAAGUUUAUUUAGCAAAAAAAGUGUUUUACUGUUGCAAAAUUUACUGCCGCAAAUACUUUUCAUCAUUAAAUAAUGCACCUCCCCUUCUCGGGAAAAGAUUGUUUUUAAUCACAAUUUCAGGUGAAACUCCACACUCAUUUCUUUUCACUGUUGUCCUAAAGAAUCCAAUGUUUUUUAACUCUUGUCUUUCAAGGGCCGUUUGUCAUCCGGUUGCAACUCUGCAGGUUUUAUAAACUGUGUUUCACAGCUGUCCAAUAAAAAGCACGUAUCUCCACAUUUGCUUGAGUUUUAUCAGCUAAAAAAAGAGACAACAACAAAGAAAACUGUGAAAAUGUGGAGGCACGUGGUUUUGCAUUGUGCAGUGACAAUGACUGUAAAUGUAUUUGUGUGUACAUACUCUGUGUUUUCUAAAUUGCUAGCUGUUGGAUAACAGAAAACAACGAUAGCAAAACAACUCGAUGCAUGGCGCACCAUGCGUACAUGUUUCAUGAACACAGGGGCUCCGUGUGCUUCCCUUAAAACCUGUAAAGCACAUGUAUGGUGGGAUGGUGAUGACGAAGGGCACCGGAUGGUGCUGUUUUUACGUUUGUUUGUGAUCUGCAUGAAAACAUUCAACAUAUUCAAAUUAGCACAGAUGCAGAAUGUAAAUAAAAUAUGUUUGACAC